AUAUCUUACUAUAUACAAAGCAAAAAUAAGCAGGAACAGUGUUCCUGCCAAAAAUCAGUGUACAGUGCAGGGCAAACGAUAGUAUUGGACAAUUGAAGGGAGAGAUGGAGGCAAAAGAAAGAAGGUUGAAGAAAUACAGGGAUUGUGCAAGGACUUUUCUUGAGAAAUUUGAAUAUUAUGAGCCGAUCUAUUCCCUAGAGAAGAGAAUGAGUAAGCCGAUAUGCUUGCGAAGCUAUGUAGAAUUGUUCCUGUCCAUAUGGAAAGCAUGGUGAGGGAACAUGAAUAAAUCGAUCCUGUUUGGAAGGAGGCGGUGCAUGUUCUCAAGAUAUCCGAUCCUGGUACAACAUGGAUGAGCCCCAUGUCUAUAUAUCUUGAGAAGGGAGAGCUUCCUGUUGUUCCCAUGGAAGCUCGUAGGGUCCAAUUGAUGGCCCCAAAAUAUCAAUUGGAUUGAGAUUAUACAAGAUAACCUUGGGUGGACCAAUGCUCAAAUGCCUUAAGGAGAGAGAAGCAUCAAGAAUAGUAGAAGUGCAUCAAGGGGUAUGUUCUGCCCACCACGGGGCCCUCACUUUAGCAAGAAAAGUGAUACUACAAGGGUUUUAUUGGCCCACUUUGAAAAAAGAUGAACUGGAAUUGGUAAAGAAGUGUCCCACCUGUCAAGCCUUUGCUCUCCCUGGACCCCCAUCCUCUUACUAUACUCCUGUCACCAUAGCUAUUCCAUUUGCUAGAUGGGGGUUGGAUUUGGUGGGUCCCUUCACCCAAAGAUCGGGAAAGAAGAAAUAUGCCAUUGUGGGAAUAGAUUAUCUCACAAAAUGGAUUGAAACGGAAGCCCUUGUGAUGAUCACGGAAGAAAAUUGCAGAAAGUUUGUAUGGAAGAACUUGUUAUGCAUGUUCGGCGUUCUUGAGUAGAUAAUAACGGAUAAUGGCACUCAUUUUGCUAGCACAAGUUUCAAGGAAUUUUGUGCUGCAUGGAGAAUCAAGCUUAGCCAAGCAGCCAUGGCCUAUCCCCAAUGCAGUGGACAGGUAGAGAAUGCCAAAAGGACAAUUGAGGAUGGCAUCAAGAAAAGAUUGCAUGAGUUAGGCACUUCUUGGGUGGAAGAGGUGUCAUAUGUCGUGUGGGCCUACAGAACCACCCUGAGGAGGGCCAUUGUAGAAACUCCUAUUGCCUUAACCUAUGGUUUUGAGGCAAAAGUCCCAACAGAAGUCUUGGUUCCUAGCGCAAGAGUGGAAGCAUACGAUCCAAGCAUCAAUGAGCAAUUGAUGGAGCUGGACGCCCAUUUCCAUCAAGAGAUAAGAGAUGAAGCGGCAAUGAAAAUGGAAGAGUAUCAGCGCCAUGCCAAGAGAUAUCACGACAAGAAAACUUUACUCAGACCUUUGAGAUGCAAACCAAUCAGUCUAACAAUGUAGGACAAAUUCGCAAGCAUUCAGGACAGUGAAAUCGAAAAGGCACUCAAAUCAAGUACUUAUUCAACAAUACUCGCAAAAAGGAUACUGUCAACUUCCUUCCAAGGAAAUGUUUGAAUGCUAUCACAAUACAACAUGCCUUGGAGACAAAACCAUUUGAAGAUCCUUUAUUUGUUUUGUAAGUCCAGCAGACAUUGAAAAAAUAAGCAUUUCGGACCUCAUCAACACAUCAAAUCAGGAUGCAGCACCGGUAUUUGGAAAGUGCACUUCAGAGAAGGUAUCACCUUUAAAUGCAUGUAAUGUGGGGGACAAAGAGGCGUCCACGACAAAGAGAUUUAGAGUGACAGAUGAAAUAAAUGACGGCAGAGAUCCUAUACAAGUCCCCUCUUCACCAAGGAGCUCCAGAAAAUAUUAAAGACACUUGAGUGGAAUACACCGCUGUAGACAAUCAAUUCUCUAAAUCUGAACAAGGCCCUUCAAUCAGUCUCGGUCAUCAAACCAACUUCAGACACUUAUGAAACACAUACAUCAAACAUGUACUCACUACUAAGCCUCUACAGUCUCUCAGAAGCAAAGAAGCACACCAACUCUAAAGAGAAAGAUGAUGAUUGAAGAGGACGUCCACAAAAAAAGGCUUAGCUAAUGUUUCUACAGUUUGGAAACUUUUUUGACUUUAAUCUCUAUUCCUACUGUUCUUGCAAAAUAUAUGUAUCCCAACAAAGUAGGAAUCGUUGUCUGUUUGGUACAUAUUAGAAAUGAAGUGCAAGUGAUCAC